CUAAGUGACGCCAGCGCGCAAGGCGCGUGCGCGGCCACGGCGGUGUGCGUGAAGGCGGGCGCGCGCCGCGACGGCGGCGGCGGGGAAGGCGGCGACCGCGGCGGCCGAGGGGGCGGUGGCCACGGGGCAGGGUCGCUGCAGGCGGAGGAGACGUGUGUGGCGGCGGCUAGGUCGCUGAGGAACAUCGUCGGGGUCAGUGACUAUCAUCUGUUCCACACGAUGAGUAACAGCCACCCUCUUCGCCCCUUUACUGCAGUGGGGGAAAUCGACCACGUGCACAUUCUGUCUGAGCACAUUGGUGCCUUGUUGAUUGGUGAAGAAUAUGGCGAUGUCACAUUUGUUGUGGAAAAGAAGCGGUUUCCUGCCCACAGGGUAAUUUUAGCAGCUAGGUGCCAGUAUUUUCGAGCAUUACUGUAUGGUGGGAUGCGAGAGUCUCAGCCUGAAGCCGAAAUCCCUCUCCAGGACACCACUGCAGAAGCAUUCACAAUGCUGCUCAAAUACAUCUACACUGGGCGGGCGACACUGACAGAUGAGAAGGAGGAGGUGCUGCUGGAUUUUUUGAGCCUGGCUCAUAAAUAUGGAUUUCCAGAGCUAGAGGAUUCUACCUCUGAGUAUCUCUGCACCAUCCUUAACAUCCAGAAUGUCUGUAUGACUUUUGAUGUUGCCAGUCUCUACUCACUGCCCAAGUUAACUUGUAUGUGCUGCAUGUUCAUGGACAGAAAUGCUCAGGAGGUGCUCGCCAGUGAAGGCUUCCUCUCCCUUUCCAAGACGGCACUUCUGAACAUCGUUUUGAGAGAUUCGUUUGCUGCUCCUGAGAAAGAUAUUUUCUUAGCCUUGUUAAACUGGUGUAAGCACAAUGCAAAGGAGAACCAUGCUGAAAUCAUGCAGGCUGUGCGUUUACCUCUGAUGAGCCUCACUGAGCUUCUGAAUGUUGUGAGACCUUCAGGGUUGUUGUCUCCAGAUGCUAUUCUCGAUGCCAUUAAAGUGCGUUCAGAGAGCCGGGAUAUGGACCUCAACUACAGAGGCAUGCUCAUACCAGAAGAAAACAUCGCAACUAUGAAGUACGGAGCCCAGGUUGUGAAAGGAGAGCUGAAGUCAGCCUUGUUGGAUGGUGACACUCAAAAUUAUGACUUGGAUCAUGGAUUUUCCAGGCAUCCCAUCGAUGAUGACUGCCGCUCUGGCAUUGAGAUCAAGCUCGGCCAGCCGUCCAUUAUCAACCACAUACGCCUCCUCCUGUGGGACCGUGACAGCCGGUCUUAUUCCUACUUUAUUGAAGUGUCCAUGGAUGAACUUGACUGGAUCAGAGUCAUAGAUCACUCACAUUACCUGUGUCGGUCUUGGCAGAAGUUGUAUUUCCCAGCUCGCGUCUGCAGGUAUAUCCGAAUAGUUGGGACUCACAACACAGUGAACAAGAUUUUCCACAUCGUGGCUUUUGAAUGUAUGUUUACGAACAAAACCUUCACUCUGGAAAAGGGCCUAAUAGUUCCCAUGGAGAAUGUAGCAACGAUUGCUGAUUGUGCCAGUGUGAUUGAAGGAGUCAGCCGGAGCCGAAAUGCCUUGCUCAAUGGGGACACUAAGAAUUAUGACUGGGAUUCUGGCUACACGUGUCAUCAGCUGGGAAGUGGUGCAAUUGUGGUUCAGCUGGCACAGCCAUACAUGAUUGGGUCAAUACGGUUAUUACUCUGGGAUUGUGACGAUCGAAGCUACAGUUAUUACGUUGAGGUUUCCACCAAUCAGCAGCAGUGGACCAUGGUGGCUGACAGAACAAAAGUGUCCUGCAAGUCCUGGCAAUCAGUCACUUUUGAAAGACAGCCUGCCUCCUUCAUCCGAAUCGUUGGAACACACAACACAGCAAAUGAGGUGUUCCACUGUGUCCACUUUGAGUGUCCGGAGCAGCAGAGCAGCCAAAAAGAAGAGAGCAGUGAGGAACCGGGGACAGGGGACCCCAACACCCCCAGUCAGCAGCUCGACCCUCAUGCACUGCGAGCACCCAGCGCCAGCUCACUGCCCCCGAGUCCGGGCCCCAACUCACGCUCACCCAACCAACAGCACUAAUAAAGAAGGCAGAGGACGCGGUGUGACUUGGGUGGGGCAGGAGUGUGCCCUCCCAGGCGGGCCCUAUGUGCAGCACCCUUCCCCAUCUCUGGGAGGAGCAGACCUGGCUGCAAAAGCCACCCCAACCAGGCUUUUCCCCCAGGGGACAGAAGGGCAUCCAUGUUCUCCCCAAUCUUCAGGCAGUCUCCAGGGGAAGGAAGUGGGUCUCGAUUCUCCAAGUCCACCGUCAGCUCCUACCUCUAAUGUUACCAAGGUACCAGUGCAGAAGGAAUCUAGAGACAAGCCAAGCUCAGUACAAGAAGGAACCCUAGACCUUGACAACCAGAAAAGGGCCCAGGCCCAAGUGUCCCCAUUGCCUUUGCAUUGCUACUUGGUGGUUUACAGUCGUGUAGUUUAUCCUCAGCUGCUGCGUCAUGGCUGCUGCAGCCUUGUGGAACUGCUCUAGCCCUCUGCAGCUGCAAGGGUCUUCCUCAGUCUGCAGUGCCUGCAGGCAGGCAGAGCAGAAGCUGCCCCUCCUAAAUGACACCGGAUGUGGCUCUUCAUGGCACUGAGCCUGACCAGAAAAAUCUUCUAAGUUCAACCAGACACACAAUGUGCAAACCAAUCUUUGGACACUGGAGUUCAUAAUUGAUCAAAUUGUCACUUUAUUAACCUGUCAUUCCUGACGGACGCACCUGCCAGCCUGGGAGGCAGCUGGAAGCAGUGGCCGUGCCAGCCGCUGGAGGACCACCCACAAGCCUGAGGACAGACGCUUGUCCAGCCAGCAGAUGGGGUGUCAGGAGCACAGGCCUGGGGAUGGUGAAGAAGAGAUUCUUGAGGGCCUCCAUCUUUAACUGCUGCAGCUCCACGCAGCUCCCACUGUCACGCCCAUGCAUAGCUCCUGCCUCUGCACCUCCCUGUUGCAUCCCGAGGCCCCAGGAGGUCUCCUUAGCACUUCCUGUGAGCGUGUUCAGAGAAGAGUGGAACUUCAGGGUUGGGUCCUGCUCUAGAAGUGAAAGGGUGGGCCAGCCAGCUUUCUCUGAGUUUGACUUAAUUGGAAUGGGUUGUCCACACUGAAGAGCUGGCAGCACGAGUCCUCAGGCUGCAGUAGGGGUCAUCUUCCUGUGCAUUCAGGCCUAGGUGCAGAGCUGGUCCUGGGGGAGACUAGUCCGCAGUCCGAAUCUCUGGCUUCACUGCUGUGUGGUAUGGCUGCCUCAGGGAGGAGGCUCCCAUGUGUGGAUAGGGUGCCCCCAUUGUUUAUGGGGUGCUGCCAGGCAGCCUGGAGAACUGUCUGUCCACUCAGCAUCUCUACAAGCAGCGCCCCCUGCCAGUGCACAAGGAACCCCAAGCUGUGGAGGGUGGAAUCUCUUCCCGUGGAGGGUAAUGCAUGAGGGCUCAUUUGUAUUGUUCUUGUUCAGUUAUUUGCUAAGAUAGUUCUUCUCUGUGUAGCCUAGGUUGGCCACACUCAGGGCAAUCCUGCUUCAGUGGGACUGAGUUGACAAGAAGCCACAUUGGGGUCAACACACACACCUAUCAUGCUAAGCACUGGGCACGCGGUGCUCUUGGCAGCCCAUUCCCCACAUCCCAGACCCAUACCUUGUGACUUCCUUUCUCCUUAGGAUACUAUUGUGUAUUCAGGUUAUGACUAUAGAAGGGAACCUUCGAUGUCGGCACUGCCAUGGUCCCCUCCAUCAAAUAAGCGGAGGGGAGAUGCGACAUCAAAGUCACAGAUGCCAGUGGGGAGUGCCGAGAACCGUAGCAAGCCCUCAGUCACCUGAGUGACUGCCGUGGCCGCCCUUGGGAAGACUUUCUUAGAUAGAUGCCUGCUUAGGGUGCAGGAGGACACUGGCUGGCUUACCUCCCACCAGACCCGGGAGCUCACCCCUGGCUGAUGGGCAUGCUGAUGUGUCUUGAGGCCACAGGCACCUCUAAGGUAGGUCCACAUUUCCAGAGGACUGAGCCUGGCUCGUCCCCUUCAGGAGUCUCCCCUGGGGCCAGCAGACUGGAAAUGAGACUGGAGUGUGAACAACAGGCAGGCUGGUUGGGACUCGGACGAUCCUGUGCACCCAGCACCUAGCACUGUACUGGUGGACUCUAACCCUGAGGACUGGUUGGGUGCCAAGGAGCCACAGUCAUAGGAUAGGGGACAGAGGCAGUGUGAGCCAUUGCUCCCUCAGCCCUGCCCUGCUCUGCCCUGCCCUCCCCUCCCCAUAAGGUCAACAGUGUGUGAACAAGAGCAGAGCUUGGAGAGUAGCUGCUGCAUGAUGCCUCUGGCAGUGCCCACUGUGAAGGGGCACCUGCGUCUAGGUCACAGGCUCUGCAGAGCCGCUCGUGCUCCUUCAGAUCAUGUUCUUUAGGAUGGCAGGUGUCCGCACUGGGGCUCCUGGGGGACCAUUUGGGCUCUGUAGAGCAGCUUCAGGCGGCCUUACACUGGGACUGAGCAUCUCCUAAGCCUUCCGUACUUUUCCUGUUUGCCUUUAGUGAGUUCCAAGCCUGUUACAGAUGUGGGCUCUUUCAGCUGUCACUUUCCACUUUUAUUAAAUGAAGUGUUGAUUCUGGACAAAUCCAUUACAAGUGUUCUGUUCCUAGAAGACUAGAAAAGGAAAUUCUUUUCAGCGAGAGAGGGAUAUGUCCGUUGGGCUCAUUCCUUUCCCUUCCUCGUGAGUUUUGAAUUGUCUAAGAAAUUGCUCAGUAGUUAAGCCAUCUCCACAAUUGUCAGACCAGAGUGCACAGCUAACCCAGCCAAUCUGCAGUUCUUUCUAACUUAGAAGAUAACAGAAUUGUAAACAUGGCCUCUGCGGGGCACAGGAAGAGCGUGAAAUCUACAGCCAAAGUGGGUCUUGGUGUGUUGAGGCUGCUUGGCACUGAAACCGCUCAGCCCUGCCUAGGACUACAGACGUCCCUUUGGAUGGGCAGAGAACUGCCUCCUUCUAGGAAGUUCCUCGUUAGCUUUGCUCUGCUGUGUUCCUGUCACCUUGCCCCCUGCGUGGUGAAUGGAGCCUCGUAGUAGUGCUGAAGUGACCUGGCACUGCGGGCACUGGCCAUGCUCUGGUUAGUUUGCAACAUAAUGAUUGAUUCUGAGUGUUUACCCUGACAGCGGCUCUGGCAGGAGGGGAGCGCUUAUUAGCGGCCCUAGGCCCUGCAGUGCCUUGUGCUACCAAGUGGAGCACCCAAUGUUAAGGUUUCUGGAGUUGCCAGGAAGGAGGGGAGUGGCUGGACUGGCCAUGGGCUGCUGGAAUGCAUCCAUCGCUCCUCUGGAUGGGGCUUGGGCAUCCCUGGCAGUAGAUGAACGAGAGGCCAUGAGCUUGUGUGAGCUGCACUUCACUUCCCUAGGGUAAGGAAGAACCCCCUCCCCUCCCCACCGUCCUUUCCUUGAACUUCACUUUGAAAGAUGUACAGGAAUAGUGCUUGUUCCAGAAUAAGCUUCCAGUCUAGCAGUGGUCGGGCAGGGCACUGUGGCCUCACACUUUCCUCUUCUGUCCCCACCCCUGCUUUCUAACCUCUGCCGCUAGAGGUCAAACUGAGUGGGGUUUCUGGACAGAUAGUUCCCAUCCCCAACGAAGGACGCGAUCACCCCUGAAACCUGUGAUUGAUGUCCUCUCAGUACCUGUCAUUUGCAGCUGGAAUAUUUAUAGCCCUGGGCAGUUAGCUGAGGUAGACUGGUGGCCCGGAGCCACACACCUGUCCCUGCAGUUGUCUCCAGCCUCAGUCUUCCCAGUGACAGUGGUGCUUACUACUUUGGAGGUGGCAAAGCAGGGUUCCCAGCUCAGCACAGUGUAUAUGCCUGAAAGUGGGGUACUAUCUGUGACUCCCAGGGGUUAUAGCCAGAGACAAGGUAUGGUCAAAGCUGGGCUGGAGAUGUGGAGUCCCACAGCCCCUGGUGGCUGCUUCAGACUCUGGGUCUCAGGAUGGCCUUCCAAACGUGGCCUGAGAGCUAGGAACCUCCUUGUUAGACUGGCCUGGGGCUGAUGUCCCCAAGGCCACUUUAUACCUCCAUAGCUGUCCCCAGUGCGGAGUGAGGAUAGUGCCCAUAAGCCACUCUGACCAAAUUUGUGUGGACUGGAUUUUCCAGAGAAGAGGAGCCACCUCCCCUCUAUGGCUACCAUUCCUGAGCCAGUGGAGAUCGCAGGUGCUGUCCCCGUACUCCUCCAGGGGUCUCUUGAAGGUUAGACGGGAUCGUGCGAGUCCUGGGCAUGGUUCUCUGAGGAAGUUCCCAGGGCAGUGUUUGGAUUGUGACCCUGAGGUGGUGUGGCAUCCUCACUUGGCAAGCUGUGUUGCGACCCUCAGUUCACCGUGUGUGCAAUGCCACUGUGGGCUCCCCGCAGAAAUAAAGCACUACUUCUA